AUGUGGAGACGAACCUACUUGCUGUUACUGGCGAUCCGUGUUUAUUUUGCGCUGUCGCCGAGCUACUUGCACCCCGAUGAGAAUUUCCAAGGUCCCGAAGUUUUCGCAGGUCGCAUCUUCUCCUAUCCCACUCACCUCCCCUGGGAGUUUACGUCGGACCACCCCAUCCGCAGCGUCUUCCCACUAUGGCCGACCUACGAGCUACCGAUGAGCCUCUUGAAGUGGUUCUCCCUCGAGACCGGAACGGGCAACCCACAUCCACAAUUAGUAUACUAUGCGCUGCGCGGGGGCAUGUUCCUGCUGAGCUUCGUGCUCGAGGACUGGGCUGUCUAUGAGCUGGUUCCUUCCCCGCGCCAUCGUCGCGCGACGGUGGUGCUAGUGGCCUCGUCGUAUGUCACCUGGACAUAUCAGACGCACACGUUCUCCAACUCCCUCGAGACCCUGUUGGUCGCCUGGGGGUUGGUGUUGAUCCGGCGCAUCGUCGAAAACAAGCAGCGCUCCUCCUUCUUUUCCUACGCGGUCCUCUCCUUUAUUGCCGUGGCCGGCGUCUUUAAUCGCAUCACCUUCCCAGCUUUCCUUUUGAUCCCGGGGCUGCAAUUGCUGCCUCAUUUCCGACACAAACCAGCCUCCCUGGCGGCAUUCGUGGGCUGCGGGCUCCUCUUCACGUCGACGGCCAUCCUCACCGAUACGGCCUUCUACCGACCGACAGCCUCGCUCGUGGAUAUUGUGCGCGCGCCCAUCAUCACCCCGCUCAACAACCUCCUCUAUAAUUCAGAUAUCUCCAACCUGGCAGCCCAUGGCCUCCACCCGCACCACCAACACUUGAUUGCCAACCUGAUCCAGCUGCUGGGCCCCGCAUAUAUUGUCAUGAUUCUGUCGCUGUUCAGCUGGCCGGUGGUGCCAUCGUGGAUGCGCAAUGCGCGCGCCGUGUCCGCCGUGUCCGCAACAGUGCUGCUGUCAGCCUUCCCACACCAGGAGCCCCGGUUCCUGAUCCCGUGCGUGCCGCUGCUCCUCAGCUGCGUGCGCGUGCAGCGCUCGCGCCUGUUCCUGGGGGCAUGGAUCCUCUUCAACGCCGCCAUGGGCUUCCUGAUGGGCGUGUACCACCAGGGCGGCGUCGUGCCGGCCCAGCUGGCCAUGCGCUCCAUCGUGGCCACCCACUCGCCCACCCCGCAGCCUGCCGCCGUCUUCUGGUGGAAGACCUACUCGCCCCCGCGCUGGCUCCUUGGCCCGGACCCGGACCCGGCCGCAGCCAUCACCACCUUCGACCUGAUGGGCCUACCGGGCCCGGACCUGAUCCAACAGCUAGACCAGGCCGUGCCCGCCUGCACCCUACCUUCCCCCGUAUUCCUGGUCGCGCCCUCAUCGGCCACCUUCCUGGAUCAGUACGCCCCCACCGCAUCGCCCGCCGACCUCGAGCUCCACCAGCGCUGGUCCUUCCGCCAACACCUCAACCUCGACGACCUGGAUUUCGGUGACGACGGCGUCCUCCCAACCCUGAAACGGGUUGUUGGGCGUCGCGGCCUGGCUGUGUGGGCUGUCCAGCGGGUCUGCCAUUGA